AUGGCUUCUGAGCUCAGAGUCCUAUGCAUAAGAGUGAUCACACAGAACAUUAACGGAGCUUCUUGGCAUGCGGGUGCCUGGCACGUGAAUUCGUGGAUGAUGCCAUAUGGUUCUGGCAAGUGUGAAAAGUUGCCUCAUGUGCCAGAUACAGUGUGCCAGGCCCUGAGCGUGGACCUGCCCCUCCACGUGGCACUGGCACUCCCGCUCGACGACAGCUACUGGAGGCGGCGCUGCAACGCCCACUGCCCGCCCCCGUACAUCUCCCUUCACGGUCCACCUUACCUUAGCGGGACAUCCUACCUAAACGGAGGGUGUGGGAUUACAACUACAAGUGGGAACAGCAUGUCAGAUCCAGCUGAGUCUAAACUUGUGAUCAGCUCUGCAGCAUUACCAUCUGCACGUUCCACUGACUGCAUCAUCUCUAAGAGGCGACCUACAAUACGGCGCGAAAGUGUCUGGCUCCCCGCAGGACGCCGCCCUCGCCUGCGGAGGAAGGUGGUGCGGGAGCGGUCCCUGACGCCGCAGACGCCCGGCCGCGGGAAGGGCCAAUCUCCCACAUCCAGAGGGACGCCCACCACGCCCACCACGCCCACCCGCACCUCCAACUUGCCGCCCGUGAAUGUGCUGAAGGCGGAUUCCGGAUGGCGGAGGGCGUACCUGGAGGCCUUCCUGGCGAAGACCCUCAGCACGACCCCCGAGUCCAAACGCGGCUGGAAGGCCCUGGGACCCCUGGUCAAGCUGUGCGCCCCCUACGUCCAGCGCCUCCACGUGUCCAGCCUUGCAGCGGCGCCUCCGACCAAGGAAAAGGGAGGUGACGUCGUUGACAGUGACCGGGGAAGCCGCGAUCAUCUCAACUUGGCGGAAGUCAUUUCAGCUCUACCGAAUUUGAAGAAACUGAGCGUCCGGUUCCAGGUCGUUGUCGAGGGAGGUGACCUGUCCUGGCCUGACCACGGGGCCUCGCCUCGUGAUGUUGAGUCGCUCUCUCAUGCCACGGCGGAGGCCAACAUCACCCACUUGUGCGUUUAUGAGAGUUGCUUGGACGACGAGCGAGCAGAAACCUUGCUGGCCGGCCUCCAGAAGCACCCUGCCUUGACCUGCCUUGACCUCAGGCACAACACGCUUUCUUGCAUCUCGGCGCCCCACAUCUGUGACGUCGUUGGCUCCGCCUCCCUCACGGAACUCUAUCUUCAGCACAACCAGAUUGGGCCCAAGGGAGCGAAACUCCUUGGGAAGGCCCUGGCCAAGAGACCUGCCCUGGAGACGCUUGUCCUGGACCUGAACCCCGUGGGCGGCGCGGGCGGGGCGGCCAUCCUCCGCGGCGCCGUGGAGGGAGGGAGACUCAAGGUCCUGUCCCUUGCCGGCUGCCGCCUCACCGACGAGUGCUGGGAGCCGCUCGUGCAGGUCCUCACCAGCCUGCCAUCCUGCCGAUACGUGUGUCUGGCCGCCAAUCCCUUUAGCCAGAAACCACCGCCUGAUGUACUGUCCGCAGCUGAGGAAGCAACCUCAGGGGCCCGCGUCCUGCUAACAAACCUAGAUGGGACAACCUACUUACUGGGCUACGUGCGAGGUGGCCGAAGUCUGCCCUCUCCUCUGCAAGUUCUUCAUGACCAGAUAGACCACCCCAUUACUGUGGCUGCCUCGCAAGAAGAUAUAGCUCAUUACCUUCCUCUGCAUGGCCUCAGACUUGAGCCUUGGGACUUCACUAUCGAAGAGGAAUUACAUGGCAUGUGCCUUUUUACGAAGAAUUCUACCAAUAUCUUAUGAAAAUAGGUAUCAUAUGUAUACACAUGGAUAUCCUGAGGCAGAAAACAUUUAUUAUAUGAGGACAUUUUGAGCAUAUGUUAUUUCCAAACACACCUCAUGUACAUAUGCUCUUUCUCUCUCUCUCAUACUCACUCUAAAACAUGCAUAGUAAAUAUCUAUCUUCACUUUGUCAAAGAGGAAAACUAUUUAGAGCUUCCUCUCUGCUCUGAUGACACAUUGAAGUGAUUAACAAGACAUAUUAUUCAGCAAGUCUUCUCCCUAUCUGUUCCAGGCAUCUUAGCAACCGCAAAUUACAGGGAAGGGGUGUAUGUCUGCCAAUAUACAUACACAUAAGCAAUGACAAGCACAAAUAAAUCAAAUCUAUAUCACAACAACCUCCAGAACACAUAACUUGUGGCCACUGAAUUAGAAAUUUUAAUAUCUAAGCUUCAUCAUAACAUUGUACUAAUGAGUGAUCUGUAAGACACUUAUUAUGUAGAGUGGAAUUUGGAUAAUUGGUGUAUAAGAGACACAAGGACAAGACAAACAAUCAUAAUAAAUUCAGAUAUAUUUCAAACCUUAAACAACCUUCACAGCAAUUCUUCAUAUUAAAAAUCAGUAUGUAUAACAACACUCACAUUUCAGUCGCAAGUAUGCAAUCAACAAUUACACCCAUGGCAGGAUACAAAAAUAAAUAGGAUUAUUCGGUAUGCAUUAACAACAGUGCAACAAGUCAUUCGUGCAAAUAUUCACAAAGUCCACCUCCAUUCGCCUAGAGCAGUCUCAGAGAACUACAUCAACUUCAUCUGCAAGUAAAAACAGGGUGUUCAUGACAGUGAAACAGCAUGCACCUGUGGAAUGGCUCCUAAAGAGAAUCAUACAAUAGUGCAAGACCUUAAAUAUGUUUUGCUGAGGUCCAGGACAUCUUCACCGGUUACGUUUCUGUUUGCCAUCCAGCUAUCACGGCCAUGAAUUCUGCUGCUGAACUAGUAUCUUGGGCCUUAAAAUGCUAUUUAAAAUCAAGUAACAAUCUUUUCUUGAUAAACUUAAAAUCAGAUAACUUCAAAUAACAUUUUUUUUUUUCCAGAAAACACAAAAUCAGAAUGUCAAAAUAUCCUAAAAAACACCUCAGCAGAACAUGACAUGAAAAUCAGUGGUCAAAUAUGUCCCACAUUGUAUAAAUCUAAUAAGAAACAAUUUUUUAAUACCAUCACAUAUCUGGUAUCCAACAAUUCAUUCAAUGAAUCAAAAGUGAAUAAAACAAGAAGUUACUAUAUUGCAAAAUCAAUAUCAAUCAAUAAAAGUAUGAACAUGUCAUUCAACCUGUUACGUAAAAAUUUAUAUGCAAUUAUGAAAUACAAAUCACUACCAGCACCAAAAGCAGUGUUUUGGUAAAUUUACAGAAAAAAAGGGAUUUGCUAUUUAUACAUAUAUUUAGUAAAAAAACAAACAAA